AUGCUUUUUGGAAUAGUUGAUUAUUUAGUGUUCUUUUGCACUAUUGGAAUAUCCUUUGCAAUUGGAGUUUUCUUUGCAGUGUUGGAGAGGAAAAGAAACACCCCUGUGCACUAUUUUCUUGCGGGCAGGAACUCGAGAACAUGGCCUGUUGCACUGUCAUUUAUUGUUACAUUUCAAUCAUCUUUAAUGAUUCUCGGGUAUCCCGCGGAAGGAUAUGCAUAUGGCAUCGGAAUUGCAUACAAUGUGCUCGGUACUAGUGCCGCUUUCAUUUUCAGUGCGUUUUUUAUUGUACCAGUCUUCCAUCCGUUGAAAUUAACCAGCGUUAACGAGUACUUCCGUUUAAGAUACGGAAACAACCGUGUCCGGUAUAUGACACUAGUCGCUGGAAUAAUAUUCAGUUUGUUCUACAUGGCAACAGUGAUGGUUGGGACCUGCGUUGCCCUCGACGUCGUUCUAGGAAUUCCGUUCUGGGGGACAAUUCUUAUCUAUACAAUUGUUACAACUACAUAUACCGCAAUUGGAGGAAUAAAAGCAGUGAUUUGGACAGAUGUGUUUCAGCUUGUAGUCAUGGUAACCGGGAUGAUUGCGGUCCUAGUGAAAUCAACCACCGGGGCUGGAGGAGUAGACCGCGUGUUUGAGUAUGCAAAAGACAGGCUGGGUUCAACGAGCUUUAGAUUUGAUCCAACAAUACGUUACCAGGUUUGGAAUUCCACAUUCGGACUCUUUAGUGCCUUUCUAUACUUCACACUAUUGCAGCCAGCGAUGCAACGCAUUUACUCGACACCAACUGUAACAAGCGCUCGUAAUCUGUAUUUUAUAUCAACACCGUUUUAUUGUGCCUUUCAGCUGAUGGCAGCUUUUGAAGGUGUGACUAUAUUUGCAUAUUAUGUGGCGAAACGAUGUGACAUAUUUGAUGCGGGAAUUGUUGAUAACAUCAAUGCAAUAUUACCUUUUGCUGUUCUGGAUUUAUUUCAAAAUUUACCCGGAUUAGCGGGAUUGUUCACAGCUUCACUUUCAAGCGCCGCUCUCAGUACUAUGUCUUCCUGCCUCAGCAGCCUGUCUGCAGUAACAUAUGAAGACAUCAUAAAAGUCAAAUUUUCAGAUAUGCACGCAUAUAAAGCCACAAAGCUAUCAAAAAUGAUUGUUUUAAUGUAUGGACUUAUAGCCUUAGCACUUGCAUUUGCAGUGUCAUUUAUUCCAGGAUCCGUUGUUGCUAUAUUUGUAAGUUUUAUGGGAUGUUUUGACGGGCCAUUAGUAGCAACCUAUUUAUUGUCCGUGAUGUAUCGUAAAGCAACUACCAACGGUGUUAUAAUAGGAGCAAUAUGUGGGUCUGUGAUCGCAUUUUGGCUGAACAUUGGGAGCCGCUUUUCAGGCAUGCCGCCGUAUCCAUACCUUCCCCCAGGUCCAACUGAUCAGUGCAACUCGUACCUAGAAUCCGCUUUCCUAAAUGGUUCAACUUCUGCCGUUUAUCCUGCUACUAAUAACAUAACACUGGUCUCUGUAACACAACAUCUUCCAACAUUAACAACAACAACAACAACAACAACAACAACAACAGCACAUUCGCCAGAUCAAGAUGAUAGCAACCUCUCCGCACUAGAGAAGAUCUACAGCAUUUCGUACCAAGUCUACUCCCUUGUAGGCAUGUUGACCUCCCUCAUAAUAGGACUUUUAGUAAGUUUAUGUACAACUCCACCCAAGCAGAUUGAUCAGCGAUGUUUGUUUUCGAUUAGAAAACACAUUCAAGAGGAAAUAUGUGGACACAAAUCUUCAACUGAUUUCGACGAUAAAGAUGAAGCUGAUUCAGAGGAAGUAACAAAAUUCAUGACAAAAGAUGAAGAAUUUUGA